UAAAUCAGUAGAAUGAUUGAAAUGUGCAUUUACAUUUGUCGUUAAUUUGGCCAUAAUGCAAACAUUACACCACUAUUUGAUAAACAUGGUUUAGUUAUUAAUUAGCAUGUCUUUUAAAAAUAUCUGCGCUCAAAAAAUUUUUAGUAGAAUAAUAGAAACUAUAAUAAAAUAGAAACCUUUCAGUUCUGAGUAAACAAAGCUUUUUAAAAUGGUGCGUCAAGUAGCAUUGGUACCAGCAGGCUGCCAGCCAUGGAAUCCUGAUGUUGUUGCUGCACACACUGACAGAUUUGCCUACAGUGCAACCCUUGCUAUAUACAUUUAUGAGAUUGAUGAUAGAGGUAAUGAAUACAAUCUGAUUUCUAUCAUGUCUGAACAUAAAAAAACAAUUACUUCCAUUUGUUGGUGCCCCGAUAAGCCUGAUUACCUGGCAAGCUCAAGUGUUGAUGGUUGCAUAAUAGUUUGGGAUAUUAAAAACCAGAAAACCAUUUCAAGAUACGACCACAAAGAAUCAGUAUUUUGUAUGGGAUGGGCUUUCACUGGGAGAAUGUGUCUUGGCUUUAUGAAUAAAACUGGACCUAUCUGGCAGUGGUAUGUUGGAGAAAGCAAAACAAUGUCAUUUUUAAAAGAGACCCAGAGCUUCUCUUCAAAUGUUGUCAUGUUUCGUUGGCACCACGAAAAGCACUCUUGUUUAGCUUUUGGGCAUGAAGAUGGAUCUGUGUCUGUACUUGAAAUAGGCUCCAAGGCUAUAAAACAUAUAUUCAAACCAGAAAUCAGUGAAGAGGAAGUUGCAGCAGACCCUAUUAUUGCCUUAGAGUGGGAUCCACUAUCAAAUGAUUACUUACUUUUAUGCAACCUGGUUCAUGGUGUGAGGCUAGUCGAUGUACCAAAUCAGCAGCAGAUUAUGCUUUUUCACCUACCAAGUACUGCCUCACAGGUCCAGACAUUUUCCUGGAUUAAAAAUGCACCAGGGAUGUUCGUCACAGGAGAUUUUAAAGGUGGAAUUUUGAGAGUUUGGAGUGUAUCCAAUCAGACACCUAUCGAGAACAUAAAAAUAAAGGGUACAGGGUUUCAUCGCUUGGAAGUUCUACACAUUGCAAAGAAGAAAGAUGCUAAUGUCAAUAUUUCCAACAAUCACCAACAUGUUUCUUCAAAUAGUGAAGCUCAAGCUCCUGCUAUGACCAACACCUCAAGGUUUACACUUCCUCAUGCGGAAAUUGUGUGCACCUUUAAAGAUGGCGGGGUUGGACUUUAUGAUCUUGGGCACAAACGAUGGAAGUUUUUAAGAGAUCAGGGUCAUAUAGAAACUAUUUUUGACUGCAAGUUUAAACCAGACAAUGCUAAUCAAUUGGCAACAGCAAGUUUUGAUGGCACUGUAAAAAUCUGGGAUGUAACUACUAUGACUUGUCUUUCAUCUUCUCCUGGCAACGAAGGUAUCAUUUACCAGAUAUCAUGGGCACCAGCAGAUCUUGAUUGUAUUGCAGCUUGCACAGCUAAGAAUGGCACUUUUCUUUAUGAUGUGAAGAAAGGAAAAAUUAUAAAGAAAUUAAUGAAUCAUGUACCAAAAACAACAGUGUUCUCUGUAGCUUGGAACCAUGUUGAUUCAAAGCUAAUCAUGACGUGUGGGGCUGAUGGCUAUUGUAUUAUUCAACAAGUGAGUGGUAAUGUUAUACAGAAAUACAAACACCCUGGAGCUGUUUAUGGGUGUGAUUGGAGUCCUUUUAACAAAGAUAUGUUAGCCACUGGCUGUGAAGAUAAAUCCUUAAGAGUUUUCUUUAUGGCAGCAAGUGCUUCUCAAUCUAUUAAAGUAUUCACUGGACACAAGGCAAAAGUUUUCCAUGUUCGCUGGAACCCACUUAAAGAAGGAAUUUUAUGCAGUGGUUCAGAUGAUGGAAAUAUACGAGUUUGGGACUACACGCAUGAUCAGUGCAUUUGUGUCCUCUCCGGACAUACCGGACCAGUGCGUGGACUGACAUGGAACUCUGAGGUGGCAACAAUUCUAGCUUCAGGUAGUUGGGACUACACCAUUCGUAUCUGGGACACAAGGGAUGGUACAUGUCUAUAUUCCAUACUAGACCACGGUGCUGAUGUUUAUGGUUUGACCUCACAUCCAAGUCGGCCAUUUCUACUGGCAUCAUGCUCCAGGGACUCCACGGUUAGACUUUGGCUGACCACAUCUCUUGUUCAACCAAUAGAACUACAGAUUCUUGCAGGGAAACCCUAUCAAGCCAUGUCUGAUUCAACUUUAACAUCAAUCAAUGCCUUAACCUAUGCUUUGUGUGGAAGAGCUUCAAAAGAAUUAUACAGCAACUAUGCAGGACAGACUCAUAAAAAUGCCUUUCUAGUAGAAGAAUUUUCUAAAUUUUUUUCUCAUCCAUGUGGAACCACAAAUUUGUGGGAUUUAGUAUCUGUGAUAUUAGAUCGGGACACACUUGUAUUGUCUCCAUCAUACCCCUGUGGAAUAGUGCACAGAAAUCAUAUAACAAAGUUCAAGGGGUCAGAAGCUCAGCAGUUGGAGAUGAUUAAGAUGUCUAAAUUUGGUGGUGGUAUUGGAGCCCCAUCUAAAGAAGAACGCCUCAAAGAAGCAGCAAGAAUUCAUAUAAAACUUGGAAAUAUACAACGAUAUUGUGAGCUUAUGGUUGAGUUGGGAAAAUGGGAAAGGGCUUUGGCUAUAGCGCCUGCCGUCUCCAUGAAAUACUGGAAAAAGCUAAAUGACAGGUACUGUGCCUUCUUGAUAUCUGAGGAAAACCCUGACGCUGUGCCUUUUAGUGUAGCUGGUGGGGACAUUCACCAGCUUGUUUCUUUUCUCACCGCACAUGGCCAGGUUUCUGAUGCUGUGAUCAUUGCUCAGAGUGCCAGUGAAGGAUCAAUAAAAGUACCAGAUGUAAAUUUAAAGCCAACCAGGCCUCAUGAGGCGGAUGACCUAGAUGAAUUUGACAGGCUUGCGGUUGAAGUGAUGGAGAAUUUAGCCGACACAUACUUUUAUAAAGGAUGUCCAGUUUUAGCAGCAUGCUGUCAUUUAGCUGUUGAUAACCCAAAGAAAGCAAUUUCUGCCUUGAUCAGAGGCCAUGAGCUGGAACUGGCUCUCAGCAUUGGCCAGGUCUUAGGAAAUGUUUGUAAAGAAACUGACAUUGCCAUAGAACUGUUAUCUAGAAGAUGUGAAGGUGUUGGUAGAUGGGAACUUGGCCUUGACCUGUUAAAGCUGCAGGAAAACUCAUCCUUACAGCAGGCAAAACUUUGUGCCAGAUGCUCAGCCAGUAUGACAGAGAUCAACUCUUUGCACCAAAAGGCUGAACUUCCAUCUAUGGAGUUGUGUGAAAGCAAAGCCAGAGCCUUGUCAACUUCAACUAAGGAUAUUUUAGAAUGUGUUAAAUUUUAUUUACUAUCUCCUAUUUCAGAAGAGGGUUUAAUAUUAGGAUUAAAGUUUGUUCAUGAUAAAAUGCAACACACUGAUUGGACAGCAGAUGAUGUGUUCCCAAUGCUUCAACUCCUAGGCUGCAUGAAAUCUGAAAAACUUCAACUUGUCAAAUAUGCAGAUAAGAUGCAUGAGUUACUGGCCUUAUCUGCAUAUGUUGGAGCACUAGUGGCAAUCAAAAGACAGUAUUUCCCUGUUGUUAGGGCUCUAUUUUUACAUGCUAAGGACCUUAUAUUGAAAAGAGGUUUGACUUUAACAGUAUCAGGCAAGCAGAUAGAUCAAGAUCUAAACUUGUUUUCAUCAGUUGUAGGGAACAGUUCUGACGACCCAUCCUAUAAACAAUUGCUACAUCGAUGCGGGACUGACCCUGACUGGACGCUUGAGCCUGGACCUGACUAUGUUGCAAGCUCAAAUCUUCCAUCCUACUCAGAUAUUCAUAUAUCUAUUCUCUCCAGAGAGAAAAUAAGGGGACAAGCAUUUUUCUUGGAAGACGGUCAGUCUGCUAUCUCACUGAAUGAAGCCUUGAUGUGGGCUAAAGUUAACCCUUUUUCGCCUUUAGGAUCUGGAGUCAGAUUAAAUCCAUUUUAAGACAACGUAAUAUUUUUAUUAAAACAAAGUUCCAUAAAAGAUCUGUUAAAAAAACAAUGCUAGGGCAU